UCUAGAUUCAAUCAAAAGUAUGCUUCUGUCAUGAAGAUAUUGAAAAAAAAAAGUCAGAUUUGUGGGUAUCUAACAGUGAUGCUAAUUAACUUUCACUGCAACAAGACAUAUAUGUCUACCUGGAAGAAUACUGGCCUCAUAUAUGACCAUCGCUUACAGCCAUCUUGCAAACAUUGAUGGAACUAAACACAGUACAAGUUUUGUAUAUGCAUCUUGGAUGUUCUUUUUUUUAACUGGUCUAUUCUAUUUUUUAUUUUCGAUCAUGUUUCUCUAUAAUUGCACCACUGUCUGUCUCAAAAAACAAGUGUUAGCUUGACCGUUGUGUGCACCUUUCCCACUUUUCCUUAUCAUGUUUCAAAAGCCACAAGGUAAAAACUACAACCAACGUGGAAACGGCGAGGUGGCAUCAACCCUUACAUAUUGUUUACUGCUUUUGCAGAUUGGUUUCAUAGACGUUUUUGUGUCACGCUGCACUUUGGCAUCAGCGUAUGUAGGUGGCGAAGCCCGCCUGCAAGUGAACUGCCAUGGAUUGCCUUUUACGAGGCUCUGGGACCAACAGACGGGCCCGGCGCACGCUGAAUCUUGCUUCUUCAAACUUCACAAAUGGCAACUGUGCAUCCUGGAAAACGCUGGGGGUAUCUUUCAGCUACAAAAGCCUCGAAGUGGCACUACGACGACGGGGCAUGGAACCGGCAACAUGGCAUCAACCCUGACAUAUUGCUUACUGCUUUCGCAGGCCCUGGCUGUCUUUCUUCAAGUCCGGCCACCACUGGGUUGCACUGAAGGGCAACUAAUUUCUACAGUUGCCUAUCACCCAGAAAUCAAGUCAUCAGCACGAGCAGACUUCUACCUCCUCAUCGAGAUUGCCGAGCCUUUCCUCGCCGCUUCGUGUCCACCUUCAGCUUUGGCCACUGCUUCGGUGACGUCACAUCACGUGGUCAUUCCGGCGGCUAUAAGAAGAGGCCCCUGA